CCCUCUUCCUGAGUCCCAUUCCGAAAUUCCUGAACCUGCUCUUUAUUUUUCCUUUUCGCAGAACACAGCUUGAAUGCAUUAGCGUACAAUGACAGACCACAGCACGGUUAUAAUCAGAGACGUCUGGGAGAGCAAUCUCGAGGAGGAGUUUGCGGCAAUCCGCAAGCUCAUUCCCCAGUACCCGUACAUAUCGAUGGACACCGAGUUCCCGGGCGUGGUAGCGCGACCAAUCGGCACCUUUGGCUCGGCGUCAGACUACCACUACCAGCUCCUGCGGUGUAAUGUGGACAUUCUGACAAUUAUCCAGCUGGGCAUAACGCUGAUGGACAAGGACGGCAACCCGCCGCCGGGCGUGUGCUCGUGGCAGUUCAACUUCAAGUUCAGCCUGACCAGCGACAUGUACGCGCAAGAGUCGAUUGACCUGCUGACAAAGUCGGGGAUUGACUUUCUGAAGAACGAAGAGUACGGCAUUGACGUGUUGCAUUUCGGCGAGCUGCUGACGGACUCGGGCAUGGUGCUGUUCAAGGAGGUGCGCUGGGUGUCGUUCCACAGCGGAUACGACUUUGGGUACCUGCUGAAGCUCCUGACGUGCAAUGCGCUGCCCGAGGACGAGGACGGGUUCUUUGAGUUGCUGCACACGUUCUUCCCGGGCAUCUACGAUAUAAAGUACAUGAUGCGGAGCUGCCGCACAUUGAAGGGCGGACUGCAGGACGUCGCCGACGACCUGGAGGUGCCGAGGAUCGGGCCCCAGCACCAGGCGGGCUCCGACAGCCUGCUGACAGCCAUGACGUUCUUCAAGCUUAGGCAAAAAUACUUUGAGGACAAGGUCGACGAAAGCAAGUACCUGGGCCAUCUGUUUGGCCUCGGCUCCAAUGCCUUCCACUCGUCGGCAGGAGCUGCCACGGCUGCCACGGCGGCAGCGACACCUGCGGCGGCGGCGACAGCGACAGCAACAGUGGCUGCGUAGAUUACACACGUUAUAUUAUUUCGCAUUUGCUUCUCUUAACUAAAGCGUCUAUCAACAUCUAUUAGUCAACAUGUUUUGUUUUAC